GUCCCGGGCCGGUGCUGAGGGGUCUGUCCUCCCUCCAGCACGUGAGGAAGAAGAUGGUGAAGGAGACGGGGUACUACGACCUGCUGGGCGUGCGGCCGGGAGCCAGCCUGGACGAGAUCAAGCGGGCCUACCGCCGCCUGGCGCUGCGCUACCACCCCGACAAGAACCCCAGCGAGGGCGAGCGGUUCAAGCAGAUCUCCCAAGCCUACGAGGUGCUGUCGGAUUCCCACAAACGGGCCCUCUACGACCGCGGCGGGGAGCGGGCCAUGAAGGAGGGGGGCCUGGGCAACCGCGGGGGGGGCGGCGGAUUCGGCUCCCCCAUGGACAUCUUCGACCUCUUUUUCGGCGGGGGCGUGCGGAUGCGGGGCCGGGCAGACAGACGAGGGAAAACGGUGGUCCAUCAGCUCUCGGUGUCGCUGGAGGACCUCUACAACGGCACCACGCGCAAGCUCUCCCUCCAAAAGAACAUCAUCUGCAGGAAAUGCGGGGGUUGUGGGGUGCGGGAGGGCGCCCAGAGAAGGUGCCCCAAGUGCCACGGCUCGGGGAUGGAGGUUCGCAUCCACCAGUUGGGUCCCAGUAUGAUCCAGCAGAUCCAGACGGUGUGUUCCCAGUGCCAGGGGCAGGGCGAGUGGAUCCGGCCUCGGGAUUGUUGUCUCACCUGCAACGGCCGCAAGGUCGUGAGGGAGAAGAAGAUCCUCAGCGUUCACCUGGAUAAAGGCAUGAAGGACGGGCAGAAGAUCACCUUCCACGAGGAAGGGGACCAAGUUCCCGGCCUGGAGCCCGGGGACAUCAUCAUCGUCCUGGAUCAGAAGGAACACCCCGUUUUCCGACGCAGCGGCGACGACCUCAUCGUCAAGAGGGAGAUCAGCCUGGCAGACGCCCUGUGCGGCUGCCGACAGGUCAUCCGCACCCUGGACAACAGGACCCUCCUCAUCUCCUCCCAACCAGGUGACGUGAUCCGACCUGGGGACGUCAAGUGUGUCCCCAACGAGGGGAUGCCCGUCUACAGGAGCCCCUUCCAGAAGGGGAAGCUCAUCGUGCAGUUCCAGGUGAAGUUCCCGGAGCCCGGCUGGCUCCCCACCGACCGCCUUCGCCAGCUCCAGGCCUUCUUCCCCCCCCAGGAGGAGGUGAUGGCCACCGAGGAGACGGAGGAGGUGGAACUCAGCGACUACACCUUCCAGGGGGGGCCUGGCCGUCGUUCGUACCCGGGGGAGGCCUAUCACGAGGACGAUUUCGAGGACGGCUCGCGCCAGCACGUCCAGUGCCAGACCUCGUAGCCGGUGGCGGGGCCGGGGGCCGUGGGGCAGCUCGGUGGGGAAAGAUGGGAGGUUGGGAGGUGGUUUUUUUUGGGGGGGGGAGAGAAAAUUAGCGCUCGGAGAGCAGGCACGUUCAGGGAUGUACAUAGGUCACCUUUCCGACAGCACUCCCCCCCCUCCCCUUCCCCCAGGGGAGCCAAAUUUGGUGCCCC